AACCGGUCUUUUUCCCGCCUUUCUCGUAACACAUAAAUAAGGUGAGAGUGCAGCGUGUUGGGCGAGCCAACAAACGAGAUAUCCGACUUCUUCGGCAGAGGAGGGUAAAGGGAGAACGACGCCAUAUCGCAGGAUCCCAGGUCCUUCGAUCUCUCUCCUUCUAAUUGGCUAGAUCAUGAUGUAAUGAUCUCCUUUUCCUGUCGUCUUCACCAGGACUGGAGCGGAAAGAGAGAAUGACGCCAAGAUCCUAAGGUCCUUUGAUCUCUCUCCCUCUCAUCGGACAGGAGCAUAAAGAUAGGAGGUGGCACCACAAAGAUCAAGUUUCAAUCUCACUACAGUCUGGCCUGUUCAAGCAAAGAAAUGGCAGAACAAGAGAGAGGUGCUCCUACUUCUGCUCCAAAAAUGAAAAGUCCAUCAAUAGAAGAAGAUUUUGAAAAGGAUUUCCUCAUCUCAUGGAAAUCAUCAAAACCAGGAAAACAGGCGAUGGAUCUUGAUGUGGAAACAGUCCCCCAAAAUAGAAAAAGUUCCUUUAACUUUGACAAACUUGAUGACUUUGAUCUUGGUGGUGACUUUGGAAAGUUGUCAUCUUUUGGAAUGGAUAUCUCCGAUCUGGACUUCUCUAUUCCACUCAAGAAGACUGCAAAUGCCAAUGAACAAGAAUCUCUCCCCAGAAAGCAAGACCUGAAGAAAGAGAAAUUCUCCUUUGCAUUUGAUUUUAAUGUGUUGGAUAAGUUUGAUCUUGAUACAAAAUUGGUGAAAACUGCAACGGGUUCCAGUAAAUGCAUGGAUGAUGGCGGGCCUUGUUCUGAUGAAAUGCGUAAGCAUGAAAGUUUAUCCACUUCAACAUCUGCUCAUAUGUUGGAGCCUGAUGGACCAUAUCAUGCUGUCAUUAGACAUGGUUCAGCACAAGAAGCACUUUGUCAAGGUCAUAAAGAACUGCUCUGUCUGGAUUCUGUAAAGAAUGACACCUCCAAAGAAAAAGAUAGUGGUGUGAGAUUGCUUGAUGGUUUACAAUCUGGUAACUCUAGUCCUGUAAAGUCAUCCAACUCGAGGUGCUGCCCACCAAAUAAUAUCACAGGAUCACAAGAUUGCAGUAGCACACUUCAGAAUCAUGAGGUUGAUGAAUAUGUUAUAACUGAAGGAAGUAAACCCACAGAUCAUUCAAUUCAAGUUGACAAUGAAGCUUCACGAAAUUCUGUCAAGGAGGUCACGAAUAAACAUUUUGAUGCUUCUUGUUUUCAAUUUCCCAUUUCUAAGAUUCCUGGUGGGGCUACUUCAAUCAUUAAUGCAAAGAGUACCAUGCCUAAUCUUCUUUCAGCUGCAUCUGUGAAUAGGCCUGAGAACAGUUUUCUUGAAGUCCAGAACAUAUCGCAAAAGGAUGAUAAAAAUCAUCUACCUAACUCGAUGACUUCAAGGAUUAAGGAAAACAGCAAUGUAGCAAACUCUUCAUCUAAUGGAGUCAUAAAUACAAUUAUAGUUUCGGAGAGAAACUUGACAUUGAAGAGGAAGACUUCCAAGGAAUCUUUGACAGAUCCAAAGGCCUUCAGUACAUUAAAACACAUCAAUUCUUCACCCAAGGGAAGGGUUACUUCAACCGGUUCUGCAAAGAUUAUCAUGCCCAAUUUUCUUUCAACCGCAUCUAUGAGUAGCCCAAAGAACAUUCCUUUUGAGGGCCAACAUAUAUUUCAGAAGGAUGGUAAAAAACAUCUACCUGGCUUGAUGACUUCAAGAAUGAGAAAAGAGAACAGCAGCAUAGCAAAUUUCUCAAUGGGCAAAGGAAGAAACACAGUUGGAGGAACAGAGGGAAACUUAGCGUCCAACUUGGUCAUCUCUCCUAUGACAGACAAGCCUGUGUUGUUAAGCCCAUCUCUGAAGAUGAAGACUCUCAAGGAGCCAUUGACAGAUCCAAAGGCCUUCAAUACAUCUAAACAAAUUGGCUCUUCACCUGAAAGGAUAUCAUUAGUAAUCUCCCCAGGAUCUGACACUGAAAUGGUACAAAGGGAAGAAAAUCCAGAAAAUUCUAGAAAUGAUGCUUCUUUUCAGAAUCUAUGUUCUCUAAAUGGUGCUUCUGAGCUAGAAAACAUGGACAUUGAAGUGCCUGUACAAAUAGAAGACCAUGGAAAUGUAGAGAAAGCUGAAUCUUGUUCAAAGGAGCUAGAUGAUCUAUGCAACAUGCUCAAAAAGAAACAUGACGAAGCGAAGGAGUUAAUGGUUCGUGCUGUCGUCAUCAACAACAAACUGCUGAUGCUGAACCAUCCCAUGAUCGAGGAGAAGAUAUCCUUCUGUCUCUAUGAUCUCUUCUUUCUCGUUCCCAGGUACGCCUCUAUGUUUAUCUGGACUCUUUUCCUUGACCGUCAAAACAUUCGUGCGCUCCAGAGGCUUGCUACCAGUUUACAGUCCAAAGAUCACUGGAAAACAUGAUAUCCUAUCAUCGACAAGCAAACCAUCACUAGUCUCUAUAAAUAUCACUUUCAACGUCUUCAUUUCCGGUACUUGGUCCGGAUGAAGUUGCAUUUUUUCAUAACCCUAGGUAAAGAUCAAUUUGUAAUGGCACUCGGACACUUACCCUAGGAAAAGCAAAUUGUUCAUGGUUUGGAUUUGAUGUCCUA